AUGACUGAUGAAAAUGCGCGUUGGAAGUCCAGGCUUCCUUAUUUCCUAAACAAAGAAAAAUGGAGCUUGAUAGAUUUCUUACAGUGGAGCAUUGUUUUUGUAAAAGAUUUCGAAAAAAAGGAUGAGGAGCAGAUCCAUAGCGAGGCUAGGUCGCGUCCGAAUCUUUCUCUAGUCGAGUCUGAGAAAGUUGAGUCUGAAUUCCCGAUCGAUGAGUCGAAAGUCCCAGGGUUGCGUCUCAUUUUGGGUGGUUCGGGUGCACUUUACUUUUUGGUUGCGUCCAAAAGUGUUAUAGCAAUUAUGAAAACACUAAAAAGAGCGUCGACUUUGAAUUCUCAAAAGAUUAUUGAUCAUAUGUUAAACUUACAUUCCGACUUUAGUGAAGCACUAUCCAAUACCACGCGAGAAACUAUAGAACCUGCUUUGAAGCGGAAGUCAACCUCUCACUCCGAAAGCGAGAAUAAGAGAAUCGCUACGGAUUCUGGAAAUAUCCUUCCUGAUGGUACAAUACUAUCAAAGCCACCACCACCGCCGAACUUCAUCCCACAAAGUGACAGUGGCGAAGCGAGCUUUUCUUCACAAGUAAGUGAAGUGACAUCUGAUGAUGAUGACGGCGAAGAAAUCCCUGAUUUAGACCAUAUUCUAAACUCUGUGCCAAAUAAUACACAACAAUGGGAUCUCCUUCGGGGAGAUCUGUCAAAGAAAUUUAUGCUAGCCACCUUGAGAUAUGGUAUGUCAAAUCUCAUAGAUCUCUCAGCGCAUAUGCGGGCUUGGUUUUCCGACAUUGAUAUUCAGCAUAUGAUGAAAGAUCAUAUAGCAGUCUUAACGGUUCCUGCAUUAGAUGAAGAGGUGAACGCGUUCAUCGCGGACGUUGAAAAGAUGGUACAGAAGGGAAGAUCUUAUGAGGCAUAUAAAUUUUGUCUUGAGAAGCAUAUCAACUCACCAAUCAAUACUUGCAUUUACAAAAUAAGCAAGAUAUACAGUGAAUUUCUUUUCAAAGUAAAAGAUGGUGAUGAUUUGCUAGACUGUGGAGAGGGAUACACCGAAAUAGAUAUUAUCGUAAAAGGAUGCUCUUAUAUCGUGGAAGGAUUGAGGAAAGGCCUUGGAAUAAAUUGCAAAUGUUCUUCAAGGAUAGACCUCAGUGAGUGGGAAUUUUCCGCGCAUUGUACUAAUACAAAAGCGAUUGGAGAUCGCUGUCGGUCUUCCAGAAUGUUAUUAUUAGACUUAAUAAAUGGCUUUUAUGUUGUUUUUCCGGGGGCAACAUUUGAGAUUCCUACAAAAUUGGCCCACAUUAAAAAGUUAAAGUCAACGGUGAAAAUUUUUAAAUAUGCAACGGAAAUGUAUGAAGAAGUCAAUGACAUGCUUUAUGAACUAGACCACGGCUAUAAUUCACUCAAUGAUGUUUUCAAUGUCAAGGUCAUCAAUCAUGGAUCAUUGCAUUACAAAUCAACUUUUAUUCAUGAUCCAUGGUGGACACCGAAAAAAAAUGUUUCUUUCCAAUUAAUGAUUGCAUUUGAAGAAAUGGAAAACAAGCAAGAAUGA